UUCUCAAUCUGGCCGGCAGAGCCUCCCCCUGCUCCCAAUGGUUGGAUCUGUACUGAAGGGGCUGUCUUUGGCGAUGCCUGUUCAAAACAUAACCGGACCCUUGACCACCGACCCAGCUGCUCUAGAGGACUGAAGCUAAAUAGAAUGAAAUAUGUGUCGUUGGCAAGGGACAACCCAGCCCUUCGGUACGGGUAGGACUGGUUUCGCCUGAAAGAAGGCAGUGGUGUGGGCGAACCGCCUCGGGUCCUGAGUCGGCAGUUGGAUGGUCCUUCGGAGAGUGACAAACGCAGAGAACGAGCGUGAGCGCCACGGAGGAGAGCGGCCUGGAGGCGAGGCAGCACUAUGGCGAGGAGCGCAGACUUGCUCAUAUAUUACCACAUGGUUUUAUGAAGCCUGCUCAUCUGAUUCCAGAAGAGCUGAACGCACAGAGGAGAAGUUUUACACUGCCAUUUUGGAUUGCUGCCAUUACUGUGACACCCUGAUCGCUAGACACCAUGUAUUGCCUCCAGUGGUUGCUGCCUGUUCUCCUCAUCCCAAAGCCCCUGAACCCAGCCUUGUGGUUCAGUCACUCAAUGUUCAUGGGCUUCUAUCUACUGAGUUUCCUGUUGGAGCGGAAACCUUGCACAAUCUGUGCCUUGGUCUUCUUGGCCGCCUUGUUUCUCAUCUGCUACAGCUGCUGGGGAAAUUGUUUCUUGUAUCACUGCUCUGGCUCCCAGCUGCCUGACUCUGCUCACGAUCCCAAUGUGGUUGGCACCUAAAAAACCCCACUUGGUUGCACGCUCCAUUUUCUUUUUCUUUUUAAAAGGACAGUUCUACUGGAAGGAGGGAUUAUAAGGCAUGUGAUUAGAGUACAAGCACCCUGUUUGUAUGUCUGGAUUAAAAGUGUUUCAUUCAUGAUCACCUGCCCUUCCACACAAUCUGCCUGUAAAAUUUUACAAAAGCUGUUUACGGUGAUAACGUUGCUGUCCUGGGGUUGAAGCAGAGCAGCUUGUGGGUGGCUUUCCCCCCUUCCUCCUGCCUUCUGUAUUGUCUGAGAUUGGUCCUUUUGUGACUUGGUGGUGAAGAAAUCUUUUGAGUGUUGCCUGAUCCUGGAGUUGUCUCACUCCUUACCUAGAUGAGGAUGCAGCCAUCAAUCCUCUGGAACACAUGCCCUCUGAUCUUAUUGAAAUUGGAAAGUCUUCUCUCCAUAUUGCUUUUGAUAAAAAGCUAGUGUUCAUCGUUCUGAACAUCUGAGAGGGAAUUUGUAAAUGGCUAAUAAAGCUUGAAAGCUGUGGGAGCCAGGAGGUUGCUGAUUCAUUGCAGCAGACCAAACUGGAAUGUGCUCCCUACCUGAGUCCUUUCCAAACUACUUAUCUGCACCGAUCAUAGCUCAAAAAUCCCAGAGUUGUCAUGAUGCCAUUUUUAGAGCACAGGCACUGAAGCUUGUCUCAUCACGCCACCCACCCCAGCCAAAUAUCCACAGGUUACAUAGUCUUGAGUUGGGAAGAAAGCAUGCUCUGCUGUAAUGUUUUGGGAUCCCUUUUAUUAUUUUUGCUGUUGAAUUCUAAGCUCUCAGUGUUUCUAACUUGAAAAAGCAAAUAGUGUUCAAGUAGAGAGGAUUGAAUAUGCUAGGCCUGACAUGAGAGGGAUGGGCUGUUUCUGCAUACUGAACUGAGUGACUUUGCUUUUUUUUUUUUUUUUUUGAGGCCAAAAGUAUUAUUAUUAUUAUCUGUCAUCACAACCAAAUAAGCCUGUGUUUGAAUGCAUGAUGGAAGGAAGACAGCAACAAAUGGUUGAGCUGCCGAUCCUCGUGAUUCUGGGAAGCCUUAUUUUGGUGAUGCCUGGAUCAUAGCUUUAUCUCUGUCUCUCUGCCCCCCCCCCCAGCUUCACUCUCUUGCACAUCAGUAAUUUCCAGAGAAUAUAUCUUUCCUUUCUUCCACAGGAAAUGUUUGCUAACGUGGUCCUUUGGGGGUAGCAGGCAUAUGUUUUUUGGGUAACUUUUCAUUGUUAUCUUGUUUGCCACCUGUUUGGCUGUGCACAAUCUUCCCCUGGAGGGGCAUUGCUGAAAAUGCUUUUUCUCUCCCAAGGGAGUUAGAAUCGAGAAACCAAUCGUGAAACUCCACAGAGAAUUUUUAUUUUUGUUUGUUCAUUGCACAGCUGUUCAACAGAUUUAAUAAAGCUUUAUAAACUUU